CGUUACAUUAGAAUGUUCGUUAUUAUUUUUUGUGCAUGAUACAAGUAAAAUGCGAGCAAUAUAUGCUGUUUAAAUGAGUGACAUUUGAUGAAAUUUUAUAUGAGAAAUUGUGAAAUAACAUCAUUCUUGUAGCAUCAUAAUUUUGGAAUAACUCGUGCGACAACCGUUGUGAGACAAUCAAAGAAAAAGUACUGUUUUGCGUAUGGCUUUUAAACUGCACGGAUAGUUUCAUAUCGCUGUUAACCGUGUUCUUGGUGAAAAACAUCAUUGACAUGACGAAAGACGUGUGUUUAAUUUUCGUGCAUUGUGAAACUACGACAAGCUAUGUGCUUUGACGUGCACGAGUGAAAACUAGUUUCGUUCAAAGACUCGUGAAGGUGUGGAGACGACGUGCGUGUUAGCCACCAUGGCGGUGAAUCCGCGUGAUAUGGAUGGUUUUAUGCCGCUCCUGUCAACGACGGACAUCAAGAAAAAGUUAAAUGUUGGUAGUUUGCUGUUGAAUUAUUUAGGAGAUGCAACAAAGAGUAUCGAAUGUCAAGACAUCGGACAGUUUAUCGAUAACAUCAUACCAUGGUUAAGCAACGGCAAUCCUAAGGUCGUCCAGAAUGGUUUAGAAAUCCUCACGUUUCUAGCGGAUCGAAUGGGUCACGACUUCAAACCUUAUAUUUCCACUAUUAUUCAACCAACAAUAGAUCGACUGGGUGACAGCAAAGAUGCGACACGAGAAAAAGCGCAGCUAGUGCUUCUUAAAAUAAUAGAAAAAGGAUGUAUGACUCCUCAACAACUUUUGGAUAGACUGCGGCCGGCCUUUAAUCAUAAGAAUGCAAAAUUACGGGAAGAAGCUCUAAUUUUGUUAACAACAACGUUGAACGAACACGGCGCUGAUGAAAUGAUGUUGUCAGGAGUGAUUCCGAGUAUCGUAAAAUUAUUAUCAGAUCCAUCUGAAAAAGUGCGAGAAACUGCUUUGAACACAUUAGCGGAUAUCUACAGACACGUUGGCGAGAGAUUACGCGUGGAUUUGCAGAGAAAGCACAAUGUACCGCAAGCUAAAUUACUGUUGUUGAUAGAGAAAUUCGAUCAAUUGAAAGCGGCCGGCGACCUGCUGCCUCUAGCAAUGUCUUCGGAUGUUGGGAAAAUCUCUGAUGAAACAGAUAGAGCUAUUAAAUCAGCUCCUGUGAAAAGAUCAGCUGCUCCUCUAAAAAGAGGACAAUUUGGUCCAGCAAAAACUUCAUCUUCAACUCUAGCUCAAGCUGGUGCUGUCGAUGAAGAAACUUUCCUUACAACAUUCGAAGAUGUGCCAUCCGUAAAUUUAUUUUCCGCAAAAGAUCUUGAAGAGCAAAUGAAAACUAUAAAAGAUAAUGUUGGUGAUGAUAAAAAAGAUUGGAAACAAAGGACAGAAAGUAUGAAAAAAUUAAGAGCAAUCAUUAUCGCAGGUGGUACGAAUUUCGAAAACUUUUUAGAAAAUUUGAAGAAUGUUCAAAGACCUUUUGAAGUUGCUUGCAUGGAUCUUAGAUCGCAAGUAGUAAGGGAAGCUUGCAUUACUUUAGCAUAUCUUAGUCAACAGUUAAAAAAUAAGUUUGCCAGCUUUGGAGAAGCAGUCUUAUUCACCUUAAUGAAUCUCAUACAAAAUAGUGCCAAGGUUGUGGCAACAGCUGGUGCCGUAGCAGUAAGGUUUAUUCUUCAAAAUACACAUUGCAGUCGUUUUGUGCCAAUUAUCACAUCGUGCUUAAGUCACAAAAGUAAAGACAUACGUCGAGCUUCAUGCGAAUAUCUAAAUCUAAUUUUACAAAUAUGGCCUACUCAAAUAUUACAAAAACACGUGACUACAUUGCAAGACACGAUCAAGAAAGGUAUUGCAGAUUCAGAUUCGGAAGCAAGAGCUUUUGCUAGGAAAUCGUACUGGGCAUUCAAAGAUCAUUUCCCGGAACAAGCAGAAGCAUUGCUCAAUAGCCUUGACACUGCAUAUAAGCGUUCGUUAAUGUCUCUCAGCAAUAGCGGUAGCAUUAACAGUUUAAAUGUAGUUACGAGAUCAGCGAGCGUUAGUCCCCGAACAUCCAGACCAGUCAUGAGUGUUACAGAUCGUGGAACUUCUAGUGUUAGGUCGACUAGUGCGAUAGAUUUGCAAGCCGCACAAAGAGCUAAAGCGAGAAUGAUGUAUGCGAACAUGAGUAGACAGAAAGCAUCGCUUCCACGUCCUAGCAAAUCACCAGACACAACUGCUGUUGCUAGUCCAGAAAGAACGGCAAGAACAAGAACUCGAAUGUCUGGAGUGUCGCAAUCUCAGCCUAGCAGUAGAUCAGGAUCUCCAUCAUCAAGACUGAGUUAUGCAACUUAUAAUCGUGAAGGAGAAUCGUUAAUUGCAAGACCUAGACGGUUAUCUGGACAUGGAAUCAGAAGUACUGGUAAUAGUCGUGAGCCAAGCCCACAAAGGUUUGGAAUGGACAGAAGUUUUGCAAGCAAAAUACGAGGAAGAAGUUUACAUAUGUCUCCAACGGAUAGACCUCAAUCCAGACCAGUCAUGGCACAAAAGAUGUUGCAACAAUCACGCGAAGCAGAAUCAGCAUUGGCGGAUGCGCUUACAUUUGAAAAUAUUGAUAAUUAUACAAGAACACCAAGAGGAAAAGGUGAUCACAGCGAUGAUAGUGAAACUAGCAGCAUAUGUUCUGAACGAAGUAUGGACAGUUUUAGACGACCAAACGAUUCGUUCUCAUGGAGUGGCUCUCAACAAAGACUAUAUCGUGAUAUGUGGGAUCAGUCUAUCCCAAAGGAUAUUAAGGAAAUUAUAGAAAAUUGUGCACAUAAACAUUGGGGCGAUAGAAAAGAAGGUUUAGUUGGAUUACAACAUUUUCUUUCAAACGGAAAUACGCUUACAGCUACGGAAUUGCGAAAAGUAACGGAUAUUUUUACGAAAAUGUUCAUGGAUUCUCACACAAAAGUAUUCAGUUUAUUUUUGGACACAUUGAAUGAACUAAUAACUACUCAUAGUGAAGAUCUUGGCGAUUGGCUUUAUGUUUUAUGUGCAAGACUUUUGAACAAAUUAGGCACUGACUUACUUGGUUCGAUACAAGCAAAAAUUCAUAAAACGCUUGAAGUUGUUAGAGAAUAUUUCCCAGGAGAGCAACUUUUACCUGCUGUAAUGAGGUAUUUAACAGAUCCAACACAAACUCCAAAUUCUCGCGUAAAAGUGGCGACGCUUAUGUUUAUUACACAAAUAGCAGAAACAGCACAACCAUCUGCACUUAAUAGUUCUGCAGGAACAGCAUUAGCAAGGUUACUUGAUUGGUCGAAUGAUGUUAAAAGUCAAGAAGUCAGAAGACAUGCACAAAAUGCUGUUAUAUCGCUAUAUAAUUUAAAUCCUCCAAAAGUGACUAUGAUAUUAGCUGAAUUACCGAAGUAUUAUCAGGAAGCGGCAUUGCCAUUAGUACAGAAUCAUUUAAGAAAAUCAUCAGGUUCGAGUAAUCCUGCAUCUCCUGGAACUCCGCCUCCUAGAGCACAGAGCUCACCAGCUCGUUCGAAAGGUAAAACUGAUAUCGACAAUGCGGAUGAAAAUUUGGAAGAAGUUUAUAAAUCCUUAAGACGUACAACAGCUGAAAUACAAAAUUAUGGUUUUGAACGUUUAGAAAGAGCAACUACUAGUAAAGAUAGUGGAAUUAGCAAUAUGGCUGAUGUAGAAGAAAAAAUGGAAGGACUUACAUUAUGCAAUUCGGGUCGUUCAUCUUCCGUUUCUUCUCCUACCCAAAGAGGACGAUCUGUUACUAAUAUUACAGUAAAUGGUUCAAGUGAUACUAUUGCAGGAGAUCUAAUUCUACCUCAAGAAAAUAAUGGUUACAAAACGCAUGGUUCAUCACCUGAUUCGAUAAAAAGGCCAGAAGUUUUAGAUAAUAUGAUUAAAACAUUACAAUCUAAAAUGACACAAACCGAAGAAAAAGUAUCAGCAUUACAAGAAUUUCAAUUAUACGUUCGUGAGGGAGAUGCCUUGUACAUUAAACAAAAUUUUAAAAAACUGCUCAAAACAUUAUUAGAUAGUUUGACUAACGAUAGUAAGAAGAUGCAAGUAGAAGUACUUCAAACUCUAAUUGAUAUGCUUAAAUGUACGGAACUUGUAGAUAGUUUUUCUGUUUAUCCUGAAUUACUGGUUUUAAAAGUGAUUAACGCGUAUAAGUUAGAUGAUCAAAAACAAGAUUCUUCCAGUAGCAGUAAUUCCAGAUCUCCAGUUCUAUGGAUGGCGGAAAAGUGUGCUGCAACGAUAGCAAUGGUUUUAAAACCAGAACAAGUUAUUCACUUAGUAUCAACUAUAAUAACUACUGAACCAUAUCCCUUGAAUAUGGGCGCAAUAAAAAUGCUUCAUAAGGUUGUGGAACAUUGGGGUCGUGAUGCAAUAGAACCUCAUUUAUCAAAAGUUAUGCCUGGUCUUAUCAAAGCAUAUGAUGAUACUGAAAGUGCAGUACGCAAAAGUGCUGUAUUCUGUAUGGUAGCAAUACACUUGGCAGUUGGUGAAGAGUUGUUGAAACCUCAUCUCAGUUGUUUAUAUACCAGCAAAUUGAAGCUUUUAAACAUUUAUAUACAACGCGCGCAACAAGCGAACAGUCAACCAGCAAGUCCACGUAGCAAUAAUAGCAAAAAUUAACUAACACCAAAUUCCGCGACACUUAGGAUCGCGAUACUUAAAAGAUUUGCUCGUUUGAGUGCAAGACAUGAACGAAUGCUGGUUAGCUUCCUUAGUAAGUCCAAUCCGUGACAAUUAUCAUCGAACGAUAGAACAAUACAAGUCGAUGUUUUUCAAUAUGAUAGACUGAUCUGCAUGAUUUCACAGCAAGGUGUGUGCGACAUACCUGACCUCCUGACAGUGAUGUUGCACAAAAGCAGGUAGUAUACAAGUUAUUUAUGCAUAUUGUUUUGUUUACCAAAAAUUUAUACCUAUUGCAAUGAGAGAAUUGCUUUAGAUGUAAGAUUUCUCCAGUCAUAAUAUAUAUAUUUUUUAUUGAUACGUUACAUCUUGAUAUUAAGUUGCAGCGUCGUUUCUUAUGAAAGAAAGAAGAAAAGCUUUAAAAAAAAAAAAAAAAAAAAAACUCCUCCGUAUGUUAUGCAGCUCAUAAAGAAUAGUAUCGUGCCUCUUGUUCACUUUGUGAUUUUUGUAUACUUUAAAUUUUGUUCGCUAUUCGUUAGGAUAUUGUAUAUAUUUAGGUAUCUCAGUGUAUUGUUGUGCAUCUUUUAGAGUUGAUUGCGAUGAUUUAAUAGGAAUGUGAUUCCAAAUAAUUUAAAUGUCGACUCGAUUGAAAGUAUGAGAAGACAGUGCGACAUCACUGCCGAGAGACUCAUAUAUUUUGUAAGCAGAAUGGACGUGAAUUGCCAAUUAUAACGGUACCGAAAACAUUAUAUAAAAAUACAUUAUACGCUUGUUCGCCGAUUUACAAACAUCGCUAAUAUUAUUGCACGUGGCAAUAAUUUUGCUGUGCACUUUGCAAUGAAUAAGUUAGAAGGGAAAUAAAGACUCGGUAAUAUCAAGAUGAGAAUGGGCGUUAUAUUUGGUAUCGGCUCUGUACAACAGUGAUAAUGAAUAAAUUUCAUAUAAAAUAUUUUUUUCGUAUUUCAGCAUUAACGAAACAAGACUCUCGCGAGUAUCGUAUUUGUUAAUGAUUACAUGUAUGCAUAAUACGAUUGUCACGGGAGCUUUUAUAAAACACGUAUAAGUGGAAAUGUCGAAAAAGACAUAAUGAAUUUAUUUGUUCAAAAUCCAUGUGCUAGUCAGUUUCCAAGGACGCACAAUGAUCCAAGAGAUGCAGACGAGAUAAAGUUCAGAAGUUUUCUCAAAAAAAAAAAAAAAAAAAAAAAAAAAAAAAAAAAAANAAAAAAAAAAAAAAAAAAAACAAAA